AUGCGCUUCCAAUAUGCGCUCGUCACAUUCCUUUUCGCGUUAUCAAGCGCAGAGCGCAUAGCAGGACGCCAUGGCCUCCAAAUACGACAGGACAACAACGAUGCUGCGACCACGAGCGAUGCACCAGCAAGCUCGACGAAUUCUGAAGAUAACCCCUCCUCCAGUCCGGCGCCCACAGACCCUGCUUCUACAACCAACAGCGAUCAGGACCAGGGCUCGAGGACUGCUUCUCGGACCGGAGACGAGGCGUCCCCGAUCACCAGGACUGGCACUGUUGUCGAUGUGCCUACUACCACGCCAUCAAUCCUACCAGGCGACAAGAAUGCCACGGCUGAGAACCCGCUUCCCAUCGAACCCAAGAUCAACCCGCCGCUGGGCAUUGCUGGUGCAUUUCUGAUGAUUGCAGGCCCCAUUUUAGGAUUUGUCGGGAUCAAGAGAAGAGGUGUCCAGACCUUUCUAAGCACAGCUCUUCUGGUCGCUCUCAGCAUUGAGGUGCUGAUCGUAUACCUGAUGAAGCCCCCCGUGCCUGUGGCCAUCCAAGGUGCAUACCUGGUCGCUGGAGUUGUCGGUGGUAUACUCGUCGCAGGCGCUUCCCUCAUUUUCAAGGAAGUCUCCGAAGGUUUCGGCUGUGUCCUGGGUGGAUUCUGUUUUGCCAUGUGGCUCCUGGUCCUUGCUCCUGGUGGAACCAUCAAGAGCAGUGUCGGCAAGAUUAUUCUCAUUGCCAUCUUUUGUGUGGUAUCCUACUGUCUUUACAUCAGCCGCUUCACCCGUGUGUACGGCAUCAUUAUUUCUACAGCGUUGGCGGGCUCCACGGCUUUUGUGCUUGGCCUCGACUGCUUCACCAGAGCUGGCCUCAAAGAGUUCUGGCUGUACAUUUGGAAUCUCAACGACGAUGUGUUUCCAAUUUUCACAGAUACAUAUCCCAUCACUCGACCGAUCCGUGCUGAGGUCGCAGCUAUCAUUAUCAUCGCUUUCUUGGGCUCGAUGUCGCAGAUCAAGAUCUGGAAGGUCGUGAAAGAGCGACGGCAGGAACGCGCUGCUCAACGCAUCCAAGAUGAGGAAGCAAGGGAUGCCCGGGAAGAAGACGUUGGCCGGCGGGUCGAGACCGAGAACAAGGAUGCCCUCGCACAAUGGGAGCAUGACUAUGAUGGAAAGAAGAUGCCGAGUGUGGAAAUUCACGAUUCUGGCAUUGGCUCCAUUGAUGAAGACUACAACUCCACGACCACAUCCCACAAGCGCUGCUCAUACCCACUGGUGCAGGUUCGGACUGCAGCCAGUGAGCCGAAUAUGUCGACCUCCAACCUGCUCCCACAGAGCAAGUUGGCAACGGUGCCUAGUCUUCCUGAGCUCAGCUUCUUCGAUGCUCCAUACUACGAUGAGACGACUGGUAAGACGACAUACGCCAGCGCGAAAGGAUCGCAGGCGGCAUCGGAACCAUCAACGCCAGGUACCCCGAGUCUCGAUGUGCCGAAUAGCUCCAUCAAAGAUCGACGCAGUGUCGCAGUCAAGCGGCUCUCUCUGCAAUCGCUCCAAGAGAAGGCGGCAAUGGAAGCUGUGGAAGACAAGAAGGCUAAGAGAGCUAAGGGUGGCGACACUCCUCAAAUCACGGAGGAGGAGGAGGAGGAAGAGGAUGUCCCACCGCCGCCGCCCUCUGGCAGUGACCUCGCCUCUUCAACGGGAGCCACCGCGCCUGAUGGCAAAUCUGACAAGUUGUCUGUUCAGCUUGACUUCGACAUAUACAAACAGUGGGACCCUGCGCCAAGUCCGGAAAUUCAAAUCGAGGAGCAAGCCAUCUUCGAGGAGGAGGACAACGAUGCUCUUGGCCCUCGGAGGCGACGCAGUAUGCUGAGCAUACUCAGUUCCAGUGGCCGUCGCCAAAGCUCUAGCAGUCGCCGCCUGCGCGAUGGCCCAGCGACGCCAGAGAUCGAGAAGUCUGAAAACGGAAUGACUGCUGGUGCAGCUCAGCCAGAUCAAGAUUUGAUAGACCGCCUGCAACAGAAGUCCUCCCGCCCUGUGCGAAAACACCGCAUCAAGGAAUGGGCUAUGGAGGUCAGCCGAGCGGAACCUGAGCCCAUUGAGGAACUUGAAAUGGACGAUCCAGAGUGUGUUCGCGUUGAGGCCGGUGACGCAUCUCAGGCUGCACGCGCAGCCGAGAACAACGCAGCGCCAGCCCCUCCUUCACCACCCACACCGCCACCACCCACACCUCCACCUCCACCUGAGCCGAAGCCUGUGGUUGCGAAACCCAGCAAGUUGAGCACGUACACUGAACGAACAUCUGUCGCAAUGCCUACGCCAAUCUACUCGCACAAGAGCACUGCCAGCGACGACAGUUGGUCCGUGCCGCUAGGCAAGCGGAGUAGCAGUGCUCAGCUGCUGCGUACCGAGCCCGGCUCAACGCCGCUCGAUGUGAUGCGAAAUGUCUCGGCACCUAUACUGGAGCAGCCACUGGUUACUUCACCUGCCUCAUCUCCCGAGAGAGCGCCCUCCAGGGACAACCGACUCUCCACCUUACCCAGUCUGCCAAACUUGAUGGAUGAGCGCAGGGAGCGACUGGACAAGCGCCUCACAUCAACAUCCUUCAUGAGGCCGAGUACCAGUCUCGGCAUCAACACGCCACCCAAGACCCUGUCCCACGACAGCAAAGAUGGCAGUCGCGAAGGUAGUCUCCAAUCAGGCAAAAUCUCCGCCUCCAUGGACUCCACCCACAUUGACGACGAAGACAUGACCCUCGCCGAGCGCAAAGCCUUUGUCCAAAGACAAUCACAACUCCAACUCCAAAACGCCGAAAUAGCCGCCCGACCCCUAAACUCCCGCCACGCCUCCGGCUACGGCUUCCCCCAAGUCACACCCCCCAGACCAGUCCGCAUCAGCAGCCAAGGCGGCAUGCAACCACUCUACGACUCGCACCAACCAAAACGCCAAAGCAGCCACGACGUCAACAAACAAGCCCAAAACUGGAACCAAUGGCGCGCCUCACAGCAGGUCGCCAACAAUUACCGGAAUCCUUACAUGGUCAACGAUAACCAGCAAGACAUGCUGCGAGCUAUGCGCCUGCAGAGCGUGCACGAGGUGAAGCGGCAGGAACAUGAGAAGCAGGUUAUUCAAGAACAGAUGGAUACGCAUGCGAGGAUGGGAGGCAUCAAUGAUGCGCAUGCCAGAGCUUUGGCGAAAAUGCAGAGUAAGGCGAAUAAGAAUAUGCAAUGA